AUGAAGCAGCGUCUGGUGCUAACCUCGUUCGUAGAUAUCCGCUUCUCGACUUCGCUCGAUGUAGUGCAGCGGACGGAGCCAAUAGAAGCUGUUGUGCAGGGCGUGCGGAAAGCUAUUCAUCAUGUCACGAAAUCAAAGUACACCACAUUCUUCUACUCGAUAGGAGCACUGGUCCUCUCUGUACUCCUUUCUCACCUGUUCUCGGAUCCGACACACGGCCCAUCGCCAGAUCUUAUUAAGGUCGCCGGACUCGCAAAAUCCUUCGAACCCUCAAUAUACUACUCGGAACAUGGCCACGCGCAGAUUGAGCAAUUACAAGACACCGGUGUUGCUGUUUGGGACUUAGGCGAGAGUGUAAGGAGCACCAACAUGACUUCUGCGCCACAGAUUGUCAACCAACUGGAUGAUCUCUCUGAUAGCCUCAAGACACUGGCAAUGGAGCUCACCAGAUUCUUUGCUGCUGUAGAUGCUGAUGUGGAUUCCAUUCUCCUGGUCAUGGACUGGGCACAACGAGAACUCUCAAACGUGUCGAAAGAGCCUCCUGGCAGACUGGGCAUGCUGUGGUCCAAUGCACACAACAUGCUCACUAAGGUCGGUCUCAUGAGCGAAAAUAGCCAGCUCAUCCAGCAACUGCUCGGUCAAACAUACCUUCAACGAUCGAAGGCGACGUUAGAAAGGACCUUUCACGAAUUUCUGGGCGUGCUGGAAGAAAGCAUUACGAACGAGCUCACUUACUCUCUACAGCUCUUCCAGCUCUUCGAAGCAAUAGACAAGCAAUUUCUCAACCUUCAACGAACAGUCAUUCGCGAGCAGGAUUCACAAGAGCGGCUUGAAAGCGAUUUCCUCGGCAGUCUUUGGACCAGAGUCAUCGGCGUAAACGCAUCAAAGCUCCGAAAAUACGAGAAGAAUCGCAACCUACUGCGAUCUGUUCGUGAUCGGACGGUGCAAAACAAGCAUGUUUUGAUCGAUCACAACCAACGGCUACGACAGUUGCAGUCCAACCUCGAGAUCCUGCGACGCAAGAUGGUAUCACCGCUCGUGCGGAGCAGCAAUUCAAGCACAAUCAGUGUAGAGGCACAAAUCAAAGGUCUCGAGACGACGUAUCAACAACUCAAAGGAAGCCGAGAGAGCCAGAAGAAGAAAGUGUUGGAGCUAGUGUAUGCUGCUGGCAAUCGGCGAGUGUCAUUACCGGGAGGUGCAAGGGAGAUAGAGAGUGGCGACAGUUAUUGA